CACGUGACUAAUCCCAUAACCCGGAAAGGGAAUUGCAUGACAGGCGAUUUGUUGACAUAGAAUAGGACCUAUAGUGUAACAGUUGGGAAAGUGUGGAAUGAUUUUCUACGGACGUUUGGUGCAGUCAUUUAACUUUGGAUUCACAUGCCGACCAAUUGCAACUAUUUGCUAGCAUCCGGUGCUGUCAUGCAUCAUAACAGUUGCAUCCCGGUUUUUCUCGUUGGCUUGCUAUCUUUCUAUGGAUUUCUGAGCUGUGUGUCUUCAUGUAGUAAGGAACCUGAAACACCGGACUGGCGAAUGACUUUAAAAACCAUUCGCAAUGGGAUCCAUAACAUUGACAAAUACCUCAACGUUGCUCUGGACUUAUUUGGAGGACGAGAUGGACUGUGUCUCUAUGAAUGCAGCGAUGGUUACAAACCAGAACCCCGGCCUGGUUACAAACCAACCCCACCCAAUGGAUGUGGGUCACCCCUGUUCGGAUUCCAGUUUGACAUCGGCAUCCCGUCGUUGACCAAGUGCUGUAACCAGCACGACCGUUGCUAUGACACCUGUAACCGUGAUAAACACGACUGUGACGAUGAGUUCCAGGAAUGCCUGGAGACCAUAUGUAGGAGAUUACAGAAGAUGUUGGGACUGGCCCAGAGUGUCCAAGCGUGUGAGAAUACUGUGACCCUGCUGUUUGAGGCUGUCAUGCACAUGGGCUGUAAACCUUACAUGGACAGCCAGAGAGACUCCUGCAUAUGCAAAUUUGAAGUCAAGAGGGAUCUAUGAGCUGCCAUCCAGAGGGGAUUCUGGAAUAGUCAAGCCACUAGAGAAACAUUGAAGUAAAUAGUGUACCUCGGGAUAGAGCUGUGGAAGUUUCCAUUGAUAACAAUGUGCUAAGCCUUGUGAAGGGGCCUGGAUGUGCUCUCAAUGAAUGAGCGUUGGGUGAUCUGAGUUUUAAAAUCGCUAUUUGAUAAUUUUGUAGAAUUGUUCUCCUAUGCAAAGGUUGUUUAGUAGUUGUCAUGUAUGUAAUUUGUUUGUUCUGCCACACAUAUAUAUGAAGUAUCAAUUAAGAGAGAAUAUUUAUAAAAGGUAAGAAGACACUGAAAGACAAAUGUAUGACUACAAGCACAUAAUGAUACAGUGAUGAGGGUAAUGGCUACAUUAUAUUGCCCAGUAAGUGUAUUGUUUUGGCUACUUUUUAAUGAUUUAUAUUAAAUGUGUAAAUAGGCUGAUAAAUGAAUGUACACAACAUGUUUACCUGUUGAUGGAGUGUUGCCCCAGUGGUUAUGUUGUAGUUAAAUUAAAUGUUUGGAAAACCCUUGCUGUUCCAUGCUUUUAUUUUUGUUUUGUUGUUUGAGCUUUGUUGAGCUUGCCUCAUUCACAGACAUGCAUACGGAAACAUGCAUUUUGUUUUUACACUAUCCCUCUGUAUAAUGUCCAAAGAUGUGUGUGUAUAUACUGCGUUGAUAAAGGGAGAGUUCGUUUUGCAUGGCCCGUUGUCUCGGGUGAGCGGAGUAAAUAUUUUUAGACAUUCCAUUCAAUGAAAUCUUCAGCCGCCCGGGGCAUCGUGCCAUGCAAAACGAACGGGCCCAUUGAAAUAGAGUUCUGUGAUGAACUGAUUAAUUCAGCCCGCUUCUGCUCGCACUGUAAGAAAUUGUAAUAGAUAUUGGUAACUUGUUUUAACAACUUCUCAACACUAGCUAUACUUGACACAACAUGCACCCAUCCCCCACUAUACCCCCACUCUUCGUACCCUUAUAAUAACCACAGACCCACACACACUCCCCUCCCCCAUGAACAGGCCCCUGUUAAAACAAACGCACAUGCAUUCUGCUCGAGGUUGAGACUCUAAGACAAAGAACUGUGUUAAGAGCCAAUGGAACGUCGACAUCAGGCCCGGACAGGACUACCCACGACCCAGCUCGACCAAUCGGAAGGCCAGACUACAAGAUCAACCUACUUCACUUGUUGCAUAUAUAAUCAGCACAACAUGUUUAGAGGGCUCUUCUCCGACGAUUCCAUAAGAAUCAGACAGAAAGGGGCCGUGCUGCACGCUUUGCCAGAUAUUUUUACACUUGAAUAAACUGCCUUAUUAUACAAUUAUA